AUGCAAGAGCGCCUAAAAUUUAUGUUUAACCUGUAUUAAAGCUUGGGAGAUACAUCAAAAAAUUAGAAUGAAGCUGAAAAUUUACAAAUUCCAACUUUUUCUAUUUGUCAAAAUCGUAAUAUAAUUGCAGUUGAUAACAAGGAUUAAAUAAUAUUUUAAUUUGAAUAGAAAGAUAAAUAUUAAAAGCAAUAAUAAAAUAUUGAAUCUAACUUAACAUAAUAAUACUCUAAAGCUUUGAAGGAACUUUAAGAGAAUUUAAAAUUGGCCUCAUCAAAUUGA